AUGCAUCUCACAGCAAGCACACUCCUCGCACUCACCCUCACCACCCUGGGAACCACCGACACCACAUCUGAGCCAACCUUGACCCUUACCUUGAUCGACGGCAACCGAUCGACCGUGAGCCUCAUCACCGUACCACAGUCAAGCUUCACCACGGUCAACGUCCCACGAACAGACCCCGGUGUCGCCACUGUCCCACGAGAGGAUCCAUUCAUCGCCGCCCGUCAGGUCAUCACCGCAAAAUGCAUCACAACCCUCAUCAUUCCCUGCCCAACCUGUAAGACCACGACCGUGGGCUGCAGCUCUACUCCUCCGUCCGUUCCAGCGGCCUUCACAGGCGGAGUCGGCCGUCGCGAUAUGCUAGCCGCCCGAGAGCCCGAGUCAGCACCCGAGGAGUGUCUACCUACACUCAUCAUCCCCUGCCCGACCUGCGAAACCACCACUGUACUUCCUGGGGACUGCAUUACUACGCCUCCGGCCCCUACCUUCACUGGCGGAGUCGGUCGACGCCAUCACGCACAUUUGCUUGCUCGGGAGCGCGAACCAGCAGCAGAAGCUGGAUGUCUAACCACGCUGAUCAUCCCUUGCCCGACCUGUCAGACUACGACUGUGCUACCACAUGAUUGUACGCCGACUCCUGCUCUUGGCGGUGGAGUUGGAAAGCGCACGAUUGUCGCCAGGGAGGCUGAGCCUGAGCCUGAGCCGCAGAGGACGACGCUCGUCAUUCCGUGCCCGGCUUGUUCGACGACUACAUUGAUUGGGCCUGACGGGCCCGAGACGACAGCUUGA